AUGACACCUGGCACAAAACGAACAAUCAUCACAUCAAAAACUACUGGUCGUCGUUAUUUUUUGGUCCGUUCAGCUAAUCGACCAAGUGGGCGACGAUAUUAUGUUUGUACAAACCCAAAUUGUAAAGCACGUGUAACUCGUGAAGCAGAUCUGUAUUGCAAAAUUCACGCUCAAGACCAACAAGCGGGCAAUGAAGAUAUCGCCAAUAUUUCAACAAAAUCGGAUCAAAUUGAUGAGAAUGAUAUUCAAGAUAACGGUGAAGUGAUCGAUGAGGAAUCCUCAACAGCAGCACAACAAAAUACAACAACAGAAGCAAGUCUUACAGAAGAACCAAAUGAAAGUGCAAACAAUGAUUCUAUGCAUGAAGAUGAUGUUGAAGAUAUUAAUGAUAAUAUUCAAACAGAUACUUCAACAGCAUUUUCAAUUAAUUCUCAUUCAAAUCGACAAAUUCAAGUAGAUGAAGCAACAGGUGUACGUAGUUUUCGUGACAAUUCUGGCCGUCGUCGAUAUCUUUGUAUGCAUGAUUCAUGCCAAAAUGCCUUAAGACGUCAAUCAGAUGUCUUUUGUCGUUUACAUCUAUCUAAUGGAAAACAAUCAAAUGAGAGUAAAACAAAACGUCGAGGACAAAAGCGUCAUUCAGCUCCACCAUCAACAAAUUCACCGAAAAAAAAUCGUUAUCGUUCACCAUUUCAAACUUCGACUAUUACAGCAACGACCAUAGCAUCAGAAAAUGGUACCGAUGGUAAUCAAUCUGAUGAAUAUGAAGCACCAAAAAAAAAUACUCCACAACGUCCUGGAACAAAUCGAUCAUUUCGAGAUGGAUCUGGAAAAUUACGUUUUCUUUGUUCAGUAUCAGGAUGUCAAAGUCGUGUACCACGACAAAGUGAAGCUUAUUGUAGACGUCAUCGACUCGAACUGGAAGUCAAAGAAUCUACAGAUAAUAAUAUUCAACCAGCAACUACAAAUGGUACUAUCAAUGAGGAAAAAAUGCAAACUACAGAAGAGAUGAAUGUACCAGAAAAUGAUAUUAAUACUUCAUUUCGACAAACAACAUCUGAAACAGAAAUUCAAUCAGAAAGUAAAAAACGAAAACGUGAAUCUUCAAUUGUUCUUUCUUCAAUUGUACCAAAUAAAAUUGUUAUUGCCACAACUGCUUUACUUGAUGAUCAAUGGAACGAAGUUCUUGCAUUUCUUCGUCAAUUUCCUCAAGUACAAUUAUCAACAAAUUUAAAUGUUAAUAAUUCAACAACACAUUUACUUGUUGAUGAUAGUGAAAAUAAUUUACAUUGUACAAUAACAAAAAAAAUUGUUCAAGCAGCUGUACGUCAUCAUAUAUUUAUAUUAUCAUCACGUUGGUUAAAUGAAUGUAUGAGUUUAAAUAAAUUUGUUGAUGAACAUCCAUAUGAAAUAGUAAGUGAUUCUCAUACAACACUUCGUUUAUCGGAACAAAAUAUAAAUCAAAUAAAUAAUAAAUAUUUAUUUGGUCAAAAUUCACAAUAUUUAUAUGCAUUUGCUAUUGAAUGUCGUCAAUGUCAAGGUUCAAUAAAUCGUAGUGAAUUAAUUGAAUUAAUACAAUUAACAGGUGCACAAUUAUUUCAAAAUGAACAAGCUGUCGAUGUAUUAAUUGUUUUAUGUGAUACAAGUGAUAAAAAUAUAAAUAAAAUAAAAGAAAAAUAUAUGAAUGCACCAGCAUCAAAUAUUAAAUAUGUAACAAGUGAUUUUUUACUUAAAUCAAUUAUUAAAUUUGAAAUACAAGAUAUUGACAAAUAUUCUUUAUAA